AUGAUCGCAUACGUCAUCGAUAAAAAUACAAGCUACUAAAGGAGGUUCUUGCAGAGAAUAACAGUGAUAAAGUGAUUUGCAAUUUGCAAGUGUGUUUAUAUAUACUUUCCAAGUGUCCAAUGGCGCCUCAAGGACUCUUAGCAGUGCCUUCAAAGUCUACAAAGAGUGUAGACUUCUCCCAAGCGUUUCUGAGGUUCAUAGGCAACAACUAUGAAGACACACCAUCACGAUACAAUGAGCCCAUCAAAGAAUUUCAGACCCUUCGUGAAUCGACAGUGGUGAGGUCUCCAGACAAACACGAGACUGGUCUCGAUCUCAUCGCCAGGUACUACGACCAGCUAUGUGCCAUUGAGAGCAAGUUGCCCGUGUCUGAAGGACAGAUUCGGAUCAAGUUCAGCUGGCAGGAUGCUUUCUACAGUGGGGGUAUCUUUGGAGGAACCAAGAGUGCCUCUCAACCCUCCUCCACCUACGAGCAGUGCUGUGUACUGUUCAACAUCGGAGCUCUUCAGUCCCAAAUUGCAAAAUCACAGAACUUUGAUUCUGACGAGGGCAUCAAGAAUGCAGCCAAACACUUCCAGGGUGCUGCUGGGACCUUCCAGCUGCUUCAGGAGAAGGUGUUUGCCCACCUCCAGACAGCACCGACCCCUGACCUCUCUGCCGAGAGCACCACCGCUCUCAUUCAGCUUAUGUUGGGACAGGCACAAGAGACAUUCUGUAUCAAGGCCAGCAGAGACAAGAUCAAGGAUGCUGUGGUUGCCAAGGUAGCCAUGCAGGCCUCGGACUUGUACGCUGAUGCUUACAGUAACAUGCAAGUGGGCUCAGUCAAGAGUAUGUGGGAUAAGUCAUGGCUGCAGAUAGUAGUAGCAAAGCAGCUGUACUUUCACGCUGUGGCCCAGCAUAGAUUGGGCAAGGUGGCUCAGGCCGACAAGAGCUUCGGAACAGCUGUUGCCAGAAUGGGCAAGGCCGUGGCUCUCUUGCAGGAGGCAGAAAAGAGGGGAGAGGGGGCCUUCAAGGGAUAUGAGCUGACAGCUAGUCUGAGGAGAGACCACGAGGCAGUAAACAAGGACAACAACUUUAUCUACAAUGACCUUGUCCCUGAUUUUGGCACUCUUGAGCCCCCAGGCAAAGCCACCCUGGCCAAGGCAGUCAAGUUUUCAAGCCCCUCCUCCAACUUCCAGGACCUGUUCUCUGAGCUGAUGCCACUCUCUGUCAACCAGGCCCUCUCAACCUACAACGGGAAAAAGGAUGCCUUGGUACAGGAAGAGCUGGACAAGCUCAGAGCUGCCACACACAAUAUCAACGAGUUGCUAGCCAGUAAGAACCUGCCAGCUGCCAUUGAGGACACAGGUGGCAAUGAGCUCCCAGAGUCACUAAGAGAGAAGGCCGAGGGUGUACAGGUCCAGGGCGGACUGUCCUCACUCGAAGAGAAGUUCUAUGGCCUCCCAGAACUGCUUACCAGAAACAAGGAGAUCCUCACAGAGACUAACCGUAUUCUUGACGAGGAGGAGCGUGAAGACAGUGAGUUGCGUGAGCGUUUCAAGGAGCGCUGGAAGAGACAGGCAUCGAGCCAACUCACUGAACCACUCAGAAAAGAAGUGAACAAAUUUCUGAACAUUCUGGACAAUGCCACUAGAGCUGACGGGAUUGUGAAAGAGAAAUUUGAGAAUAAUCGCGAGGCUAUGGCGCUACUAAGUCGGCCUGUGGGUGAGAUUCAGGCGUCCCUGCCUCAGGCUGGGGCCCAGGCUGCUGUGCUCAGUGGGAGCCAGGCUGUGCAAGACCUUCGUUGUCUGAUGGAGGAAGUGAAGACACUGAAGGCAGAGAGGGAGGUUAUAGAGCGAACCAUGCGUGACCCCGUAGGGGACAUUGUGUCCAAGUUCAUGGUCUCUCUGAGGGACUUGGGGGACGUUGACGAGGAGGCCAUCAGUGAGGCUCAUCUCAGGAGUGAGUAUGGACGACUGCAGCAGCAGGUGAUAGAAAGCCUUCAGAAGCAGCAAGGCCUAGAGGGAAGGAUCAUGGCUGCCGCUACUGCCUUUGAGCAAGAGACCAGUGCGUACAGUAUGAGUGCUCGGGACCAGAAGCUCAGAGAUUUGGCAGCUGGCUACGAUGCUUACAUGGAGCUGACAUCUAAUCUCACCGAAGGCACUGGUUUCUAUAACAACCUCACCCCACUCCUGGUCAAAAUUCAGACCAAAGUGAGCGACUUUGUGUUUGCUAGAAGAACGGAGAAAGAAGAUCUUCUUAAGGAAUUGCAGAAGUCGAUAGCCAACCAGCCGCAGUCCGCCCCCUCAUCUGUGCCUCAAUACCACGAGCCAGCAGAUGGACCUCCAGCUGGCCGACAGCCUCCCGCUCGCCCCCCACCCCCUCAGGCAUUGCCGAGAGCUCAGCAUAAUGCCCCACCCCCUCAGGCACUGCCGAGAGCUCAGCCCACUCAGCCUAAUGCUCCACCCCCUGCACAGCACCCCCCACCGGGCUCUUAUUACCAGGGGCAACCACCACCACAACAGCCACCUCCUCCUCAGGCAGGCCACUACCAACCCCCAUACCAAUACGGGCAACAGCAGCCGCCCCCUCAAGGCUAUGCUCCUCCCCCUCAGGGAGGGUACUAUGGUGCUCCACCCCCACAAGGAUACGGUGCUCCACCCCCACGAGGAUAUGGAGCUCCUCCCCCACAAGGCUAUGCCCAGCCCCCCUACGGAGCUCCACCCCCUCAGCCUGGUUACCAGUAUGCUCCUCCUGGUUACCCUCAGCAGCAGCAGCCGUACCAGCCACCUCCGCAGAGGUGAUUGAUCACCUGACAUCGUGUGACUUCCUGUGUUACAACUAAUGAACAGCAUUUUUGAUUACGGACAAUUCGACUAGCUAGUUGAGAGCACUAUUAUUAUAUAUAUAAUAAUGUAAUGAUUUCAGUUUUGUUGUGUGAACUAUUAUUAUUAUUGCACUACAGCAUAUUAUUAAAUGUUGUGUGCAGUUGUACUUACAAUAAUACAGUAUAGAUUUAUGCAGUGUUUAUAUAAUUA